CCCACUGCCCCGCCUCAGAACGUGGCCAUCCAAUCAGCAACGGCCACCCAGCUGGACGUGACAUGGGAGCCUCCUCCAUUGGAUACUCAGAAUGGAGACAUCCAGGGAUACAAGGUGAAGAGGAGGGUUUCACAAGGAUGGAGUUACCAUAGAAUUCUAAUCAUUCUAAUCAUCAUUGAAAUGUAAUGGCAGUUACAUGUUUUUGCUUCUCUUUAAUCCCAGUGGGAUGUAAAGGCUAUCUUUGCUGUGAGCUAAUAUGUGUCUGUUCUCCAUAUCUCCUCCUCCUUCGCCCUCCAGGUGUACUUCUGGGAGAACCAGCGUAAGAAUGAGACGGAGAGGCUGCGCACCCUGUUCCUGCCAGAGGGAGGGGUCAAGCUGAAGAACCUGACUGGAUACACCACCUACAUGAUCAGUGUGGCCCUCUUCAACGCAGCAGGGGACGGGCCCCGGAGCCCCCCGACCAGGGGCCGUACACAACAGGCCGGUAAGGGAGGGACACACACACAGGAGCGGUCUAUCUUAAAAUGAAAGGAAAGCAAUUCUAUUGACUCAAAUUCAAAUUACUCCUCCAACUCCCACAAACCAUCCACAGGUUUUUAACUGUGAGCUUUUAUACGCUGCACCUAAUUGUUGCUGUCAGCAUGCCAAGCCAGAUAUGUGUUAGAAACCACACGGCAUAAACAUCAGUUCCCUAUCAAUGACCUCCUUCAGUCUCUUGACUAAUCCGCUGGUUCCCUGGACAGUCUGGUUUGGUAUAAGAUGGUAUGAAAAUGUUUAGAGGCUGAAAGUCAUUUUUUUUCUCUAAGCUCCUUCCUGUGGUUUCUUGGAAAUGCUUUGUCUCUGGCUCAGUGUUCUAAAUAGCAACAGAAGACAGUCGCCAGAUAGUAUUUCCCUCCAAAUAUAUUUUUCCCUCCCUUCUGUACAGUCACUGUAGAAAUGUGUUUUUCAUCCGAUCCCCUCGUAAAAAGGAAAAUGUUUGCAGUUUUCUGUGUUUGAUAUCUCAAGCGGGAGUGGGGGGGGGGAGGGGGGGUGAAAGGGGGGUGGUAGAUGCAUAGGGGGCUGUAGAACACAGAAGCAGGUGACAAGCGUGUUGAGGAGAGGAGAUGCACAGGACUGAUAGCAGGAGGCUCACCACACAAAAACGCCUGUUUUUCAGAGGGUUACAAAUAGUCUCAACAACUUUAGAGAACAGGAGAUCUGUGUUCACUGUGCAGUAGUAGUGUCACCAGCUCAUCUAUGUCACUGUAGCCUAUAGGAAUAUGAUGGUAUGAUGGCUGUCAUGGGAAUAAAUAAAUGACACUAAAAACAAACAACAUGUCCUAAAUAGUUUUUGCUAAUACUUUCCAAUCAUCACUCAGAUUGUCCUGUGUUCUGAGGCCAUCAUAAGUUGUCCUGGGUUCUGAGGCCAUCAUAAAUAAAUUGUCCUGUGUUCUGAGGCCAUCAUAAAAAGACAAUCCAAGAUGUAGCACUAAUGUUUAUGCCCCCUAACCCUUAACAUUUGACCCCUGACCUUUGUGUCCUCUGAACCCAGCCCCCAGUGCUCCCAGCUUCAUCCACUUCAGUGAGCUGACCACUACGUCGGUCAACGUGUCCUGGGGUGAGCCCACCUACCCCAACGGCAUUCUGGAGGGCUACCGGCUGGUCUACGAGCCCUGCACCCCCGUGGACGGUAAGACACCCACCUCGUCAUGUCCCACAUCUCACCUCACAUCUGACACAAUUAACGUCCAUUUCUGAAGAUGCAUCCCAAAUGACACCCUAUUUCCUAUGUAGUGCACUACUUUUGCCCUAUAUAGGGAGUAGAGUGUAAUUUGGGACACAAGCUGAGUCUCUCACUGUAUGAGGCUAAACAUCAGCUAACUUAAUAACUACAUUGAAAACUAUAUUUUUCCAUUACUGAGUGAGUGGUGGCCAUCAUUGCCUUUGUUGACACCAAAUAGCAUGCUGAAUCAGUUGAUAAUGUUGCUAUGUUAACCCUUUUAAUUAAUUUCCCAUGUAUGUCCCAACAACUGUUGGAGUGUGCCUAUGUCAGUUUGUGUGUGUGUAUGUAUGUGUGUGUUUCAUGUUGUUCCAAUCCAUUCCCUGGGUAAUAGCCCCACUCUAAAUGUGGUGUGUUUGUCUAGAAUCUUCCGUGGCCUGUGCCGACUGUCUUCACUCCCCCUCCCCCCCAGGCGUCAGUAAGAUAGUGACGGUGGAUGUCAAAGGGGCCCCGUUCUGGAUGAAGAUCAAGGAUCUGGCUGACGGGGUCACCUACAACUUCAGGAUCCGGGCCAAGACGUUUACCUACGGGCCUGAGGUGGAGGCUAACAUCACCAUGGGGCCUGGGGAAGGUUUGUCUACCUCUGGCUGUCUUUGUAGUUCACUGAGGCCCACAUUAUAACUUGCAAUAUGCACACUUAGCUCAACAUUCUGUGCAAAUCUUCAAUUAACAUCAAUACAAGGUUUACAAAUGUCAGAGUGUGCUGAUCAAAUCAAAUCAAAUUAUAUUGGCCACAUGCGCCUAAUACAACAGGUGUAGACAUUACAGUGAAAUGCUUACUUACAGCCCUUAACCAACAAUGCAUUUAUUUUUAAUAAAAAAAGUAAAAUAAAACAACAACAAAAAAUUGUUGAGAAAAAAAGAGCAGAAGUAAAAUAAAAUAACAGUAGGGAGGCUAUAUAUACAGGGGGGUACCGGUGCAGAGUCAAUGUGCGGGGGCACCGGCUAGUUGAGGUAGUUGAGGUAAUAUGUACAUGUGGGUAGAGUGACUAUGCAUAAAUAAUUAACAGAGUAGCAGCAGCGUAAAAAGAUGGGGUGGGGGUGGGGGGGCAGUGCAAAUAGUUUGGGUAGCCAUGAUGAUCUGUUCAGGAGUCUUAUGGCCUGGGGGUAGAAGCUGUUGAGAAGUCUUUUGGACCUAGACUUGGAACUCCUGUACCGCUUGCCGUGCGGUAGCAGAGAGAACAGUCUAUGACUAGGGUGGCUGGAGUCUUUGACAAUUUUGAGGGCCUUCCUCUGACACCUGGAUGGCAGGAACCUUGGCCCCAGUGAUGUACUGGGCCGUACGCACUAACCUCUGUAGUGCCUUGCGGUCGGAGACCGAGCAGUUGCCAUACCAGGCGGUGAUGCAACCAGUCAGGAUGGUCUCGAUGGUGCAGCUGUAGAAUUUUUUUAGGAUCUGAGGACCCAUGCCAAAUCUUUUCAGUCUCCUGAGGGGGAAUAGGCUUUGUCGUGCCCUCUUCACGACUGUCUUGGUGUGUUUGGACCAUGAUAGUUCAUUGGUGAUGUGGACACCAAGGAACUUGAAGCUCUCAACCUGUUCCACUACAGCCCCGUAGAUGAGAAUGGGGGCGUGCUCAGUCCUCUUUUUUUUCCUGUAGUCCACAAUCAUCUCCUUUGUCUUGGUCACGUUGAGGGAGAGGUUGUUAUCCUGGCACCACAUGGCCAGGUCUCUGACCUCCUCCCUAUAGGCUGUCUCAUCGUUGUCUGUGACCAGGCCUACCACUGUUGUGUUGUCGGCAAACUUAAUGAUGGUGUUGGAGUCGUGCCUGGCCAUGCAGUCAUGGGUGAACAGGGAGUACAGGAGGGGACUGAGCAUGCACCCCUGAGGGGCCCCCGUGUUGAGAAUCAGUGUGGCAGAUGUGUUGUUACCUACCCUUACCACCUGGGGGCGGUCCGUCAGGAAGUCCAGGAUCCAGUUGCAGAGGGAGGUGUUUAGUCCCAGGAUCCUUAGCUUAGUGAUGAGCUUUGAGGGCACUAUGGUGUUGAAUGCUGAGCUGUAGUCAAUGAAUAGCAUUCUCACGUAGGUGUUCCUCUUGUCCACGUGGGAAAGGGCAGUGUGGAGUGCAAUAGAGAUUGCAUCAUCUGUGGAUCUGAUGGGGCGGUAUGCAAAUUGAGUGGGUCUAGGGUUUCUGGGAUAAUGGUGUUAAUGUGAGCCAUGACCAGCCUUUCAAAGCACUUCAUGGCUACAGUCGUCAGUGCUACGGGUCGGUAGUCAUUUAGGCAGGUUAUCUUAGUGUCCUUGGGCACGGGGACUGUGGUGGUCUGCUUGAAACAUGUUGGUAUUACAGACUCAGUCAGGGACAUGUUGAAAAUGUCAGUGAAGACACUUGCCAGUUGGUUAGCACCUACUCGGAGUACACGUCCUGGUAAUCCGUCUGCCCCUGCGGCCUUGUGAAUGUUGACCUGCUUAAAAGUCUUACUCACAUUGGCUACGGAGAGCGUGAUCACAUAGUCAUCCGGAACAGCUGGUGCUCUCAUGCAUGCUUCAGUGUUGCUUGCCUCGAAGCGAGCAUAGAAGUGGUUUAGCUCGUCUGGAAGUCUUGUGUCACUGGGUAGCUCGCGGCUGUGCUUCCCUUUGUAGUCUGUAAUAGUUUUCAAGCCCUGCCACAUCCGACGAGCAUCAGAGCCGGUGUAGUACGAUUCAAUCUUAGUCCUGUACUGACUCUUUGCCUGUUUGAUGGUUCGUCUGAGGACAUAGCGGGAUUUCUUAUAAGCAUCCGGGUUAGAGUCCCGCUCCUUGAAAGCGGCAGCUCUACCCUUUAGCUCAGUGCGGAUGUUGCCUGUAAUCCAUGGCUUCUGGUCUGGGUAUGUACGUACGGUCACUGUGGGGACGACGUCAUCGAUGCACUUAUUGAUGAAGCCAGUUAAGAUUAGGCACUGAAUAUGCCAUAAUAUCUUUGAAAGUAUAUUGAGGCUGCCUGACCCUCAAACCUUUCUCUAACCUUUGACCCCACCUUUGACCCCAUGCAGGAGCCCCGGGCCCCCCUGGAGAGCCCUUCAUCUCCCGGUACGGCUCGGCUCUAACCAUCCACUGGGCCAACGGUGACCCCGGGAGGUCGCCUAUCACACGCUACGUCAUCGAGGCCAGACCCUCAGGUAUAUACACCCAACACGUGACAUACUGGACUCCACUGCUUGACGUAUUCCUUUUAGCUUCUAGUGGAACAAAGAGCCUCAGCAGUGCAUCUGCAGUGAACCCUGUCCAUGUUCACAUACUGGACACUUCCAGAUUGAUCCACAGUUCACAUUCUUUCCAAUCAUGCAAUCUCUUAGCCCGGCCUCAUACUUGCUUGGACAGGAAUGAUCUGACUAAGAAUAGAGUGUCAAUGUGGUUCCACAGAUGGUGAUGCUCACUCUCUAUUAUUUUAAUGGAGUAUUGAUUGAGGUGCAGCAGAGCUUGAGACGUAGUGUCAGGUUUAAUCUGUGAUUGGGAAAGGGGGUAAAGGGGGAUACCUAGUCAGUUGCACAACUGAAUGCAUUCAACUGAAAUGUGUCUUCCGCAUUUAACCUAACUCCUCUGAAUCAGAGAGGUGCAGGGGGCUGCCUUAAUUGAUGCCCACGUCAUCGAUGCACUGGGAUUGACAGCCGUACAGAGGGAAUAAAGGGAGGCACAGAGGGAGGGAUGGAUUACACUACCAGUUUCUUAAAGGACAGGGGAAGAGGGGGACAGGGAGUUGGGGGGUACUAAGUCCCAGAGGUUGAGAGUAUGGGACUGACUGACAUGGUGGGAAACCCCUGUAGGCAGCAGCGGCUUAGCCUGGUAUGGAUUACAUUGAUCUCCCUAGAGCAGGGGUAUUCAACCUUAUGGUUUUCUGUCAUAGUCAGGAAAAACUGCUGGCGCACUACACAUUCAAUUGAUCCUUCAGAUCUUCACUUCUUCACUACUGACAGAAACGUUAAAUGAACUCUUGGUGUUGGCUGAUGUUCUUGAGCACUCCAUAAACGCUGUCAAACUCCAAAUAAUAUUUAUGGUUAUUAGCACUUAUGGAUUCUGGCAGCCAUUAUAAAAGCAAACAUUAAACAUCCCAUAAUAGUCCCUCUUGUGAAUCAUACCUUCCCACAUUUUGUAUCCUUAUUUAUACCUCUCAAAGACCAGAGAGCCCCAUACAGAUUAUGGGAGAUGUAAAAUGUAUCAAUUGCGUAAUGUGUAUUGUGGUAUGAGUUACCUUGGACAUUGUCAGAUUGUUUUCAUACCAUAGGCUUUUAAACAAGCUUUUAUAUCAAUGAGUCUCGUUUACCACUCUGUUUUGUCAUGUCUGAUUACUACUCAUCCAAAUACCUUCUUCUGCUACUACUUCUACUCUGCCAACAGAUGAGGGCUUGUGGGAUAUCUUGAUCAAGGACAUCCCAAAGGAAGUAACAUCAUACACCUUCAACAUGGACAUUCUGAAGCAAGGGGUUAGUUAUGACUUCCGGGUCAUUGGAGUGAACGACUACGGCUACGGGUCUCCUAGCCCACCCUCAACCUCCAUAUCUGGUGAGUUAUUUCAUAUAUCUACAUUAUGUCCCAGAUGUCACCCUAUUCCCUAGUACACUACUUCUGGCCAGUGCUCAUAGGGGUGCCAUUUGGGACACGCACUAGUCAUUGAGCUUAAGGUUUUCAUGUUAAUCAAUGACAAUCUUACUUCAUUAUAUAGAAUAUAAGACUAAUCAGCAUAACACAAAUAUCGCACAAACAGUCAUUUUCAGACACUACCUUUGCAUUUGUGCUCCCUGCCCUGUCCUUGUGUUUAGUCCCGCUGUUAUAUGUGCUCUUCUCCUCCAGCCAAAAAGGUGGCGCCAUUCUAUGAGGAGUGGUGGUUCCUGGUGGUGGUGGCCCUGGUAGGUCUCAUCUUCAUCCUCCUUCUGGUCUUCAUCCUCAUCAUCAGAGGACAGAGCAAGAAGUACGCCAAGAAAUCUGACUCAGGUGAGCGGCAGUGACAAAGAUGUCAUCGACAUGAUAUUACUAGGCAACAAGGUCCUUGUUAUGGUUAGGUUUUCGGUAGUAUGGAAAGACGGAUCGAUGGAGGGAGGGAGGGAGGGAGGGAGAGAGAUAGAGAGAGAGACAGCUGUAGAAUAGUAGAGGACCUACAGUAUCUAGUCUGCUCCUCUCUGACAUCAACGGGUCUCUAGUUGUGCAGUCUGCUCCUCUCUGACAUCAGCGGGUCUCUAGUUGUGCAGUCUGCUCCUCUCUGACAUCAGCAGGUAUCUAGUUGUGCAGUCUGCUCCUCUCUGACAUCAGCAGGUAUCUAGUUGUGAAGUCUGCUCCUCUCUGACAUCAGCAGGUAUCUAGUUGUGCAGUCUGCUCCACUCUGACAUCAGCAGGUAUCUAGUUGUGCAGUCUGCUCCUCUCUGACAUCAGCAGGUAUCUAGUUGUGCAGUCUGCUCCACUCUGACAUCAGCAGGUAUCUAGUUGUGCAGUCUGCUCAGGCUGGGGACAACGUUUCUGACAGACGAAGCACAAGAGGUCCUUUCUCCUCUUGUCUUCCUUCUCUGCUCUCUACAGACCCCCUGUAACCCCCCUCAUGGAAUACUGGACCAGUCCAAGUUAACAGAUCAGUUUAUUAUAGUGACUAAAUGUUUUGCAGAAUGACAGCUUCGCCCCCAGAUGCCUUUGGAGGGUCUGGUAUGUCAGGGGGGUAGUUGAUGUUUGGACCCUUGCCUUCUCGUAGAUUCCUACUUCACUCGUAGGCAGGGACUAUAUUCUCAUACUGUAGACCCAGGCCCAAUGGAGUCUGCUGAUCAAAGCUCUCGCUAAGAAGGGGGAGGGUAGGUCAGAGGGUAGGUCAGAGAAGUAACAACACAAAUCAGUUUCAGAUCAGCGUCUUUACAUCAACAUCAGCUGAUAAGGCAAUUUACCUAGACUUUGUGGGUUUUAGUUUAGGUUUAAAGGCUGUGUUUUUGUUGAAUCUUGUGGAGUCUAUCAUCAAUGUUUAGAUGCCUGGCUUCACUCGCCAAAUAUAGUUGUGAUGACAUUCUGGAAUCACUCCAGUCACUCCUCUAGUUUCUAUGGAAUUCAGUAGUAACAGUAGUAGUGGUAGAGUACAUAACAUCCAUCCAUGAUUCAUCCUCUAGUGUUUCUAUACAACUCAAAUGGCAUCCUAUUCCCUAUGUAGUGCACUACUUUUGACCAGGGCCUAUAUAGGGAAUAUGGAGCCAUUUGGGACACAGCCAUACAGUAGUAACAGUACUAGAGUGGGCUACAUGACAUACAGCAUUACUAACCCUUACCUGCCUGCCCGUCUGUCCCUCUGGCCUGUGGUCACACAGUGUCUCCCUAUGUGUGUUCAUCAGGGAACAACUCUAACUGUAACGCCCUGACCCAUGGAGAUAUGGUCAGCCUGGACGAGGGACGAUUCCCCACCCUGGAACUCAACAACCGACGACUGUCUGUCAAGAACUCCUUCUGCCGUAAGAACGGUGUCUAUACCAGGUCAGUAACCAGCUAUGGCCACACCAAGAACAUGUCUCCAGCUAUGGCCACACCAAGAACAUGUCUCUAGCAUAUCCCACAAGCCCUUUAAUAGGACUAUGUGUGUUUGGAUUCCAUGUUAAAGGUACAAUCUGUAACUUGAAUUUAUAUUUUCUUAUAAAUGUAUUGUCCUUGCACUGUUUUGUAAGCUGAGGGGUUGGGUCUCGGCAUUAGGGCUGGGACGAUACCAGUUUUGCAAUACUCGUUAGUAUCGUGGCAAGGAAACAAAACAUGAAAUACAUACUUCUUUAGGAAAACAGCCUUAAUGUUGGAAACAAACAUCAUCAUGUUGUCAUCCAGAGUCAAAUGUAUGUAUUUUCCAAGCUACAGCACACCAUUUUUUACAUACAGCAGGUUUUUAAAGGAUCAAAGAGUUUAGUCUGCUUCGUGUUUUCAUUUUUGCCAUGGAAAUAAUAUUGCGAUACUGGUAUCGUCCCAGCUCUACUCGGCAUGUAAACAAAUGUCUUUGCAGUAACUUGAGUUGACACUUUUACUCAUUGCACCUUUAACUUGACUGGUUUAAAUAUGUUUUUGAUAGUACUGCAUACCCGUGCCAAUAUAUCCUCCAAAUACCGGCUUCUCUGGCAUUAUAACUUAAAUGUGUACCAGAAAUAUACCAGGAAUAUGCCAUCCUUAGGAUGUUGUUCUAUUACUCCACACAAUGUCACAUGUACUUUUGUUCUAGCAGUAGAAAGAGGAGGUUGAAGAUCCUCACCUUUUCCUAGAGAGAGAGACAAAGGUUUGAAACGGUUGCUUUAUUGGAGGUUGAAGAUCCUCAGUAUUUCCUAGAGAGAGGAAUGAAAUGGUUGCUUUAUUGGAGGUUGAAGAUCCUCAGUAUUUCCUAGAGAGAGAGAGAGAGGAUUGAAACAGUUGCUUUAUUGUUUUAUUUGAGCCAUUGUGUUUACAUCUUCAGUGAUAACCAGUGGUGGAUUUUCUUGUUUGUUAAAUUUACGGAUAGCCAGGGGCAUGCUCCAACACUCAGACAUCAUUUACAAACGAAGCAUGUGUUUAGUGAGUCUGCCAGAUCAGAGGCAGUAGGGAUGACCAGGGAUGUUCUCUUGAUAAGUGUGUGAAUUAUAAUAAGUGUUAUUGAAGUGUUGUGGUUGCAGGUUCACUUGGCACAUCUAAAGCCUUUUCUUUUGGGGUGUUGCUAUAUGCCACCAAGUGCUAACAGUCAGUAUCGAAAUAAUAUGUGUGAAAUGCUUGGUAGUGUAUGUGAUGUAAACAGAGAGGUCUACUUUCUUGGGGACCUGAAUAUUGACUGGCUGACUUACUGCAAAUUAAGAAAUUAUGUGACUAAACUCAACAAAAAGAAAAAGAAACUGUAUUAUGAAGCCAAGAUCAAUGAUAUAAAGAAAGAUGGAAAAACAUUUUUGGAGUGCUUUAAAUGAUGGGCAGAAAGACUAAUUCAACUCCAUCGUUCAUCGAAUCAGAUGCCUUAUUCAUCACAAAACCAUACGAUGUUGCCAAUUAUUUUAAUGAUUACUUCAUUGGCAAAGUGGGCAAACUUAGGCAGAAAAUGCCAACAAUGAACAGUAAGACAUCGUAUUAAUGCAAAAAAAAACAAAUAAUGAAAGAAAAGCAUUGCAAGUUUGAAUUUUGUAAAGUUAGUGUGAGAGAGGUGGAAAAAUUGUUAUCAAUCAAUAAUGACAAACCUCCUGGCAUUGACAACUUAGAUGGAAAGCUACUGAGGAUGGUAGCUGACUCUAAAGCCAUCCUGUCUGUCAUAUCUUUAAUCUGAGCCUAGAGGAAAGUCUUUGUCCUCUGGCCCGGAGGGAAGCCAAAGUAAUUCCGCUACCCCAGAGUGGUAAAGCGGCUUUUACUGGUUCUAACAGCAGACCUAUAAGCUUGCUGCCAGCUCUUAGCAAACUGUUGGAAAAAAUGGUGUUUGACCAAAUACAAUGCUAUUUCUCUGUAAACAAAUUAACAACAGACUUUCAGCAUGCUUAUAGAGAAGGGCACUCAACAUGUACAGCACUGACAAAAAUGACUGAUGAUUGGUUGAAAUAACUUGAUAAUAAGAAGAUUGUGGGAGCUGUACUGCUAGAUUUCAGUGCAGCCUUUGAUAUUAUUGACCAUAACCUGUUGUUGAAUAAACAUAUGUGUUAUGGCUUUUCAACCUAUGCCAUAUCGUGGAUUCGGAGCUAUCUAUCUAAUAGAACUCAAAGUGUUUUCUUUAAUGGAAGCUUCUCUAAUGUCAAACAUGUAAAGUGUGGUGUACCGCAGGGCAGCUCUCUAGGCCCUGUACUCUUUUCUAUUUUUACCAAUGACCUGCCACUGGCAUUAAACAAAGCCUGUGUGUCCAUGUAUGCUGAUGAUUCAACCAUAUAUACACAUCAGCAAGCACAACUAAUGAAUCCACUGAAACCCUUAACAAAGAGUUGCAGUCUGUUUUGGAAUGGGUGGCCAGUAAUAAACUGGUCCUGAAGAUCUCUAUAACUAAGAGCAUUGUAUUUAUACAAAUCAUUCCCUAAGAUCUAGACCUAGCUGAAUCUGGUAAUGAAUGGUGUGGCUGUUGAACAAGUUGAGGAGACUAACGUACUUGGCGUUACCUUAGAUUGUAAACUGUAAUGGUCAAAACAUAUAGAUUCAAUGGUUGUAAAGAUGGGGAGAGGUCUGUCCGUAAUAAAGAGAUGCUCUGCUUUUUUGACACCACACUCCAAAAAGCAAGUUCUGCAGGGUCUAGUUUUGUCUAAUCUUGAUUAUGGUCAAGUGCUGCAAAGAAAUAUCUAGUUAAGCUGCAGCUGGUCCAGAACAGAGCGGCACGUCUUGCUCUUCAUUGUAAUAAGAGGGCUGAUAUAAAUACUAUGCAUGCCAGUCUCUCUUGGCUAAGAGUUGAGGAGAGACUGACUGCAUCACUUCUUCUUUUUAUAAGAAACAUGAAUGUGUUGAAAAUCCCAAAUUGUUUGCAUAGUCAACUUAAACACAGCUCUGACACACGCACUUACCCCACCAGACAUGCCACCAGGGGUAUUUUCACAGUCCCAAAAAUACAGAACAAAUUCAAGAAACCAUACAGUAUUAUAUAGAGCCAUUAUUGCAUGGAACUCCGUUCCAUCUCAUAUUGCUCAAAUAAACAGCAAACCUGGUUUAAAAAAACAGAUAAAACAACACCUCACGGCACAACGCCUCUCCCCUAUUUGACCUAGAUAGUUAGUGUGUAUGUAUUGAUAUGUAGUCUGCGUGUGCCUUUAAAAAAAUGUUUUAUAUAGUUCUGUCCUUCAGCUGUUAUUUUCUAUUAAUGUUCUGUAUUAUGUCAUGUUUCAUGUUUUGUGUGGACCACAGGAAGAGUAGCUGCUGCUUUUGCAACAGCUAAUGGGGAUCCUAAUAAAAUACCAAUACCAGAUCAGACUGCAGAGUGGGGAAUGUGAAGGGAUGAGGUUACAGAUUCGUGACUUGUUAAGGCCAACAGCAGACAGACAGCAGAAUUGGGCCGGUCUGGGCCGGUCUGGGCCGGGCUCUAAUCCCACAUGCUCAUCAAUUCCUGCAACGGCUCCUGGAAGACGGAUGUUAGGGUUGUCCAGACUCCAGGCAGCCGGGACAUGACAGGGGAGAUAACAGGGGAACAGAAAGACCAGACCAGAUUCAGAUUCAGAGUGUUAGAUACUACUGCACUGUUGGAGCUAGGAACACAAGCAUUUCGCUACACCCACAAUAACAUCUGCUAAAUAGGUGUAUGUGACCAAUACAAUUAGAUUAGAUUUGAUAAUAGUCACAUGUACAGGGUUGCAGGUGUGAUUGCAGGGUGCAGUGAAAAUCUUAGGCUCCGAGCUCCAACAUGCAGGACUAAAUGAAAUAAAAUAAUGACAAUGGUAAUAAAAACAACAACAAUAGAACUAGCACUAUAUACAUGAUAACUGUAGCAGUGAUGAUGAAAUACAUGUCCAUUGGGGUGGAGGCAGAGUAAAGACUGUUGAGGGGUGGGUGUGGGGGGGGGGGUGACCAUAGGGGGUGGGGGGACCAAGUGAAACAAUGACCUGAGAUAGCUCAACAUGAUCUUAUCUGGAGGAGCAAGGUGAGAGAUGUAGGUUUGCAGCUUGUAUCGCUUCGCUUAUCAAACAAUGCUGUCCUUCAUUAGUGACUGUUUGUCCUCCUCUAUCUAGAACAGCUGUCUGCAACGUCACAGGGGAGGAGGUUCUAGGAUCAAGGAUUUACUAACUACCGUCUCUGGGCCAAAUGAACCGCUCCCCUUCUAUGGGCCAAAUGAACCCCUCCCCUUCUCUGGGCCAAAUGAACCCCUCCCCUUCUCUGGGCCAAAUGAACCCCUCCCCUUCUAUGGGCCAAAUGAACCCCUCCCCUUCUAUGGGCCAAAUGAACCCCUCCCCUUCCGAAAGAUGCCCGCGUGAAAUCAUGAUUCGUCCAAAUAAUCAGCGAUGCAAAAACCACCGCAGUGGUAGAAUUGUUCCUCAUAACCCUCAUAUCCUAUUUUAAUGUUUCGUCUUUCAUAACCUAGACACAGUGGAGAUAGAAAAUGACAAUAAUAUGUUAGCUUUCCAUUGUGUGCGUUUCACUCCUGCAUCCAAGUUUAAGUGUAUUAAAUGUAGUCUUGUUAUAAAUUAUUAACAUUAUUAGAUGUAAUUAAAAUGCAGCUCUCUCCGUGAUUUCCCUAAAGGGUUUUGUGGUUUAGUUAAAAUUUGUCAGCACCACGCUCAUGAUAUAAAAAAAAAACGCCCCCCUCCUCCAAAUCUCUUUCUCAUGAAAGUUUCAAACGUUUACUUAAACGUUGGGAUUUAGGAAUGCACUCAAUCAAAAAUCAAAAUAUUUGUGGAAAAAAUAAGGUUGGUUUUGGACCGUAGACCUGAACAGUUGUAUGUAGAUAUUCCAUUGGCAGGGCCUUCAGCGACAGUGUGGCCUGAGAAAGACAGAGAGAGGAGAGAGAGAGAGAGGAGAGAGAGAUCGAUAGAGGCUCUCCCUGCCAAACCAACCAGGGUCAAUCAGCAAAAACAGAUAUCUGAUUGUUUAACAGGCUUAUAGUGACAGAGGGAGGAAAAUGUGGAGGAACUUAUGCAGAAUGCAAAGCCAUCUUUGUUUUGAGAGAGCUGUUCUGAGAGCACCACUUGUGGGUGUUGUGAGGUCUCUCUCUUUCCCCUUCUCUCUCAUAACUCAAGCAUUCUCAAUACCUCCCCUAGACCAUGCCCACUAACAUUACAUAUGUUCACUCACUCCAUACUCAUAAAUACCCCCUCUCACUCCACUCCCCAUAAAUACCCUCUCUCACUCCAUACUCAUAAAUACCCUCUCUCACACGUAUCUUUGAAUGGGGAGGUUUCUAAAGUGUCACCCACGCUCCCUGAAACAUGGCUGUUGACUCUUAAAUGGAUCUCAUGAUUCAUAUGGAUGUUGAUAACCUUUACAAUAAAGCGAACACAACCUGAGCCUUCCUAUCUGAGACUGUGUUGGGAUUUCUGCCUAUACAGUGAGCUCCUCCACUCUACAAGGGUUGAAUUUAUGAGUCGGUCACAAGGCUAACUGUGCGUGCCAUUCCACAGGCAGCCCAUAUAGUGUUUCAUCAGAAUAUAUUAUUCAUUUCAGGGGAUACUGACAGCAGGCAGGCUGGGAUCUCAUUGCUGUCCCAUGAUCCUGAUAAUAAACUCACCCCGCUCCCUCUCCAUACCCAACAGUGCCCACAGUGACCGUACAUACAUACCCCAACCAGAAGCCAUGGAAUAAAGGCAACAUCCGCACUGAGCUAAACCACUACCUAAACAAACACUGCCAGGUGUCUCCGUCAAAUACUAUCUUCUCUAUCCCUUUCUAUAGUGAGAAAUGCCUGGAGACAGUUCGGUACAUUUGACUGAUCAGUGUAUAUCUUUCAGCUUUUCCUGGUUCCUUUCAUACAGUUUCUCUGUCCUGUCACUCUGGUGUGUGAAUGCGAUUUCUCAGUGAUUUAAUGCAAGUUGUUUAUGAAGAGGGUACUAGAGUUGCUUUAUUACUUUAUCUUAUUAGUGUAACUCAUUUGAAUGCCAAGGUUGUGCAUUAGCCAGCGACUGAUAGAACUGCCAAUGGCUCUGUUCUUGCCAUAGAAAGGUAAUUACAAUGUUAUGCUAUGUAAUUAUACACUAAGUGUACAAAACAUUAAGAAGACCUUCCUAAUAUUGAGUUGCACCCCCCUAAGCCUUCAGAAGAGCCUCAAUUCGUCGGGGCAUUCACUCUACAAGGUGUCGAAAGCGUUCCACAGGGAUCCUGGCCCAUGUUGACUCCAACGCUUCCCACAGUUGUGUCAAGUUGGCUGGAUGUCCUUUGGGUAGUGGACCAUUAUUGAGACACACUGGAAACUGUUGAGUGUGAAAAAUCCAGCAGCGUUGCAGUUCUUGACACACUCAAACCGGUGUACCUGGCACCUACUACCAUACGCUGUUCAAAGGCACUUAAAUAUUUUUUCUUGUCCAUUCGCCCUCUGAAUGGCACACAUACACAAUGCAUAUCUCAUUUGUUUCAGGGCUUAAAAAUCCUUCUUAAUAAGGAUCAGACCCUUUUUUUUCAAUUUACGCCCGAAAUGACAUAACCAAAUCUAACUGCCUGUAGCUCAGGACCUGAAGCAAGGAUAUGCAUAUUCUUGAUAUCAUUUGAAAGGAAACACUUUGUGGAAAUGUGAAAUAAAUGUAGGAGAAUAUAACACAUUAGAUCUGGUAAAAGAUAAUACAAACAAAAAAACAUGCGUUUUCAUCUUUGAAAAGCAAGAGAAAGGCCAGACAAUGAUGUAGGAUUCUAGGUAUUAUUUAGAUGUUGUCCAGAAGAUGGCAGCAGUGUGUGUGCAAAUUUUCAGACUCAUCCAGUGAAGAAUUACAUCACUUCACAAUAUAUUGUAUCAAGUCUGCCAGGAGUUUUCCCAAAUGUACUGAAUUGGUAAAUGUAUACAUUUUCAUUUACAUAACUAUAGAGAACAUACAAAAAUGCUGUGGUAAUAAAACAUUUAAGUUUACACACUCCCAGGAAUGUCAUACAUGAUGGAUCAUUAGGUUCCCUACAGAAAAUACACUAACCUUCAAACCUCUAGAUGGCCGGGCGGGGGUUGGUGUGGAGCCAGAGACAGCAGUGGGGUCAAACGGUUGAACCCAGUUCCUACAUUUGAAUAUAAAAUGGAUUUUUCAAACAAAACUACACUACAUUUUAUCUCUGGGACCCUCAGGAUGACAAAUCAGAGCAAGAUUACUGAAUGUAAGGACAUUAUUUACCUUCAGAGGUGAAUGUAUCAAACCAGUUGCCAUGAUAAGUGUUUUGUUGUUGUGCACUAUCCUCAAAUAAUAGCAUAGUAUUUAUUUUGCUGUAAUACCUACUGUAAAUUGGACAUUGCAGUUAGAUUAACAAGAAUAUAAGCUUUCUGUCCAUAUAAGACAUGUCUAUGUCCCGGAAAGUUGGCUGUUGUUUACAAUGCCAUUUUUGUCACAUGAGUAGCAACUGUCCCGGUAUAGGGACACCAAUCUCGUAGAGGUUAACCUGUCUCCUACCCUUCAUCUACACUGAUUUGAAGUGGAUUUAACAAGUGACGUCAAUAAGGGAUCAUAGCUUUCACCUGGUUAGACUGUCAUGGAAAGACCAGGUGUUCUUAAUGUGUUGUCUACUCAGUGUAUAUAUAUCUCUAUAUUGUCCUGUCUCCUCAGGUCUCCUCCUCGGCCCAGCCCAGGCAGUCUCAACUACUCUGACGAGGAUUUGAGCACCACCAAGUACAACGAUCUGAUCCCAGCUGAGAGCAGCAGCCCAACAGAGAAACCAUCUGAGAUAUCAGACUCU